GCUCACUUAGGUCUAAAGGAUAUGGAAAAUACAUCUCUCCAACAGCUCAAUUGCAAGCGCAGCUGACCGAAGAGCAACAGAAACAUCUGGCCUCCAUCCUGCAAAAGCAACUGGCCCCCAUGCCCCAGGCACCUCAGAAAAUGUGGUAUCCAACUCAAAUGCCCCAGCAGGAAAGCAACCAGCUACUGGGCCUCAGCAGCAGACGGAACUGACCACCAUGCCCCAGAAGCAACAGGCUCCAAUGGAUAUACCGCAGAAACAACCAACAGCUAUGCCCCAGCAAACAUGGUAUCCAGCUCAAAUACAGCAGAAGCAACCGGCCACCAUUCACCAGCAAGUGUGGCAUCCAGCUCAAUUGCCCCAGCAGCAAAAGCAACCAGCUACUGAACCUCAGCAGCAGAAGGAACCGGCCGCCAUAAGCCAGCAACCUCAGCAAGUGUUGCAUCCAGCUCUAAAGCCGCAGAAGCAACCGACUGCCAUGCCCCAGCAAGUGUGGUAUCCAGCUCAAAAGCCCCAGCAGCAGAAUCAACCCGCCGCUGAACCUCAGCAGCAGAUUGAUCUGACCUCCAUGCCCCAGCCUCAGCAAAUGUGGCAUCCAGCUCAAUUUCCCCAGGAGCAACCAGUCCCUAUGCGUCAACUGCAGAAGGAUCUGACCGCCAUUCCACCACAACUGUGGCAUUCCGCUCAAAUGCCCCAGCUGCAUAAGCAACCGGCUGCCAUGCUUCAGCAAGUGUGGCAACUGGCCCCCAUUCCCCAGCAGCCUCAUGAUGUGUGGUAUCCAGCUAAAAUGGUCCAGAAGCAACGAGCCGCUGCAACUCGGCGGCAGAAGGUACUGACCACCAUGCCUCAGCAAGUGUGGUAUCCAGCUCAAAUGCCCCAGGAGCAGAAGCAACCGGCCACCAUAACGCAGCAAGAGUUGCAUCCAGUGCACCUUCCCCAGCAGCAUCAGGAACCGGCCACCAUACCCCAGCAAGUGAGAUAUCCAGGUCAAAUGCCCCAGAAGCAUCUGGCCUCCAUGCCUCUGCCGCAGAAGCAACCGACCGCCAUGCCCCAGCAAGAGUGGCAUCCAGCUCAAAUGCUGCAGACGCAACUGGCCCCAAUGCCUAUCCUGCAGAAACAACCAACAGCUAUACUCCAGCAAGCAUGGUAUCCAGCUCAAAUGUCCCAGCAGCAGAAACAACCAGCCCCAAUGCCUCAACCGCAGAAGGAACAGGCCACCCUGCCCCCGCAAGUGUGGCAUCCAGCUCAAAUGCCACAGCAGCAAAAGCAACCAGCUACUGAAACUCGGCAGCAAAUUGAACCGACCGCCAUGCCCCAGCCACCUCAGCAAGUGUGGCAUCCAAAUCAAUUUCCUCAGGAGCAGAAGCAACCAGCCCCUUUGCAUCUACCGCAGAAGGAACUGACUGCCAUACCCCAACAACUGUGGCAAACGGCUCAAAUGCCCCAGCAGCAUAAGCAACCGGCUGCCAUGAUUCAGCAAGUGUGGCAUCUGGCACAGAAGCAACCGGCCCCUAUGCCCCAGCAGCCUCACGACGUGUGGUAUCCAGCUAAAAUGGUCCAGAAGCAACAAGUCGCUGCACUGACCGCCAUGCCGCAGACGCAUCAGCAAGUGUGGCAUCCAGCUCAAUCUCCGCAGAAGCAACCGGCAUCCACCCCUCUACCGCAGGAGCAGCCGCCGCCGUAUCCCAGCAAGUGUGGUAUCCAGCUCAAAUGUCCCAGCAGCGGAAGCUACACACUGCCAUGCCACAGCAGCAACUGACCGCCAUGCCACAGCAAUUAUGGCAUGUAGCUCAAAUGACCCAGAAGCAACUGUCCCCAAUGUCUCAGCAGAAGCACUACCAAAGCACUGAAGAUGGUGCCUCUGGUAGCGCUCAGGCCAGCAUCGUUGAACAGUCGGGUGUCAUCCCAAGCUAUUCCUACAGUUCCAAAUCGCACUACGAGAAUGGCAGAGCUGUCUCUUCCCAAAUCAGCUACACUCCUAGGGAGGCUAUUUCUGUUGACAGUGGAAAUGCUCCCAAGGACGGUUAUGUUAGCUUUGGUGCACUGAGCAUAUAUCCACCACUAGUGAAGGAUUCUGCAAGGAAAAUGUAAUGGAUUCAUCCUCUAGAAGCUCUAAUGGACGUUGCUGGUGCUCUUGCUACUCUAGUGUUAUGGAAUACAUCAACAAUUUUACUUUCAAAAAUGCCUUGUCUCUUUGAAAUAAUGAUUCUCGUGUCCAUUGCUUGCAACUUGAGAACAGGUGGUGUGCAGUCUUGUAAAAAUGACUGUUCAGUUAAUUCUUUGGUUGUUCAUCUUUUACCUUUGCUACUGGUUGUUCAAAAUAAAAGCUUGGGUCUACAUAAGAGCAUU